AAAAGUUUGGGGACGUGACACGAGCCGGUGGCGGUAAAGUCCGAGCGUGUUCCUCGGGAAGGCUGAAAACUAGUUGUUUCCUUCUCGUGGCUCGUCGCGAGCCGGGUGGAGGAAGAGCCGUUCAGCACCAAGUCACAGGAAAGCGCCCCUGGUCAGACAGACAGAGAGACAGACAGCGUCCGGCGGACCGGGACAGAUGUCUGAGGACUUUCUGUGUCGUUUGAAGAGUGAAGUCAAGAGUCUGCUGCUAACGAAAGUAUCCACUAACAUGUGAUGGGUAAGAAGCAUCUGAACAUCAACGCCGAGCUUGUAGCGUAGUGGAGAUUGGACAAAGUACAGCGAUGAAGUCCCUCCGCAGAAGAAUCAGCAGUUGCAAGAAAUCCUAGAAGAGUUGGUGCUGAAGAUUCCUCGCCCCAUGAAGAUGGCAGCACAAUCCCAAACCGCCAGUGACCUUCCCCUGGAAGAGCUGCUGGCUUUGUAUGGCUACACAGUAUCAGAUCCAGAGAAGGAAACAUGUUUUAUAACCACCAGCUUACCACAGGACAAGGAUCAGAUAACUAAGGAUCUGUUUCAUGGGGAGAAAGAAAAAGAAGUGUCAGCCUAUGAUCUCACCUCCUCAGACACCUCAGAUGUGCUUUGCUGCCUCCAAGAUGGAGAUAAAGCUACGUCUGUCAGUUCAUCAGAUGAGGACUCUGAUGAUGCUUCUAUUCCCUCCAAUGAAGAGCACAAGGAGAUUAUGGUCGGCUCCAUGUAUCAAGCAAAAAUCCCUCCAAUAAGUCCCUACAUCUACCAGCAAACGGUGGGCUUCAGUGAAGACCAGUUGUUGUGGAAGCCUGAGGUUCUUCCAUUGCAGGAAGUAGAGGAUUUUCUGCUGAAUACUCAGAGAUCUCACAGCCAGGAGGGGGCAGUAUGGACCCAAGGGGGCACUGUUCCAGACAAUGAGCAGGCUCUGUAUGAACUAGUGAAGUGCAAUUUCAAUGCAGAAGAAGCACUGAGACGAUUACGGUUCAACGUGAAAGUGUUCAGCGAGGAGCUGUGUUCUUGGAGUGAGGAGGAGUGUAGGAACUUUGAGCACGGCUAUCGUGUUUAUGGGAAAGACUUCCAUCUCAUUCAGGCUAAUAAGGUACGAACGCGCUCGGUGGGCGAGUGUGUGGCAUAUUACUACAUGUGGAAGAAAUCUGAACGCCACGCGUACUUUAACCAACAGGCUACGAGGACGAGCCGAAGGAAGUACAACCUGCAGUCAGGGAACAUAGAGGACGGAGACCAGGAGGAGGAGGAGGGUGGAGAUCUGGAGGGAAACAUUUCCUCUGGGUUGUUGUCACAGACCUCCAUCAGCACCGUGCAGCUAGAGUCUCCAUUACCUCCACAUGCUAACAUGGAUCCAAGCAAACAAGAGGGAGAGCUGGGAAUCAGUCUGUCAGAGCUGUGUGAUGAUGAAUGCCCUCAGCAGCUUUUUGAGUGUCCGUUCUCCUUCCGAUCCACGGACGACCUACAGGAAUCCAGCUCCGAUCGUUCUCCAGUCCAGCUCCAUUCUCAGCCGUCUGCACGGUGCUCUGAGUGGGUGUCACCGUCCCACCAUGAUGACCCUGGCCUCCUAAACUCCUGCUUCUACCAGCUACACAUGCGAGGUGGACCUUUUGUUUGUGAUGGCUCUGACGUUGACCCAGCAGGCAGUGGGGUUUGUCCCCCCCGGCUCCAGGUGGAGUUUAGCCUACCUACCACCUCACCUUCUUCACCUGCUGUUCUCUCCUCACAUUUUCAGUCAUUUGGCAGCCUGCUGCACCCUUAGCCUGUCCUGCAUCCUUGCAGUCAGAAACUGAGUGGUCUACUUAGCAAUUUGCUCUACUGGCCAUAGAAUCUAGGACUAAAUGUGCAUUUACAUAGCUUUUUGGAAAGAACGCUGGACCUAAUGUGUUGGGAGUGAUCUUACCAACAUCUCAGCCACUGAAAACCUCCAUCCAUCAUGAACGUAACAUUUAAUCACUUCUUUUACGUGUUUAUCUGGGUUUUUUUUCUGUUUCACUGGAGUGGGCCCGAUCAAUUUAAAGUUAUAUUAAUGUGUAAAAAGCACAGUGAAAAUAAUGGAGCCUGCUCCUCUGUCGCUCUUUAACAGAAGGAAAGGUUUCACGGGUACUCGGGUAUUUUCUAAUUUCUUUAAGGAUUUAUUUGGGGGUCAUUUAGACGUGUUUUGCAUCAUGUCUAUUGUAAAUUGCUUCCUGAAUGACCUCUAUUAGAAAAAUGGCAUCAGUGCACCAGUAUUCGAUCCAAGUUAUUUUAGAAACCUUUACACCACUGUAAAGUUGGUAUUACACGUUUAUUAAGGAAUUCCUGAUUGACUGAAGUCAUAACAGUGGUGUAGAAGUUUAUAAAAUAGAAACCACUUUGACAUGCAGCUGUUGUUUUAAAACAGCAGCUACAUGUCAACUAGUCAUUAGCUUACCAUUCCUGAAAAACCUGAGCUCUAUUUCUCCAAACAGAGGCCAUUUAGGAAGCUAUCCAAACCUGUAAGAUAAUUUGUCUUUAGAAACACUUUAAAAUGGUCAAAAAUCCCUUUAACGCAAUGAGAGCCAAUCGGCUGUUUGUCCCUGUUGUCCCUCACUCAGCACUUUUGUCACUGAACCAUCCACAAGAGAUGCUUGAAUUUCUAGUUUUUAACGUGGAGGUCUUAACUCCAAAUCCGUCUCCUGGGGCUUCUUUCCUUUUUAGGUGUUGGCCAUAGAAAUCCUUCAUACCUGAACCCUAAAGAUACUUUGCAUGAGUCGUUUAGGAAUCGGGCCACGACAAAGCAACUGAAAAGAGCUUCAUAGUUUUUGUCAGUGUAAUUAUAAAAUCUAAAGAUACGGUUCUUUGCUGUAGCUUCCUCUCUUCCUUUAUUGUUGUGUUUUUAACCUGAAGAGCGUCACGAGUUGAACUUCAUAUGCUUUCAUACACUUGCCCAUCUGAGCAUGUACAAACUGUUUCUCAGGUUCAUCAAAUUCUUGUACAGUGUAUAUAAAUGUCUGAUGAGUGUGCAUCAUGUCUCUGAGCGGGUGUCACAGUGAAGAAACUGGUCAUAUACGUGAGGAUUCUGUUUUAUUCAGAUAAGUUAGUAAGCAGCUGCUCAUCCUGAUCCACGUUCAGAGUACGUGUGACUGGAGCCAUUUGCAGCGACUAGGAUGAGUGGCUGUCAGUAAACAAUGUGAUUAUUUAUACAGUAAUACUGAGAGAUGUAAGUGUUAAUAUACUUUUAUUCAGUUGUUUCAGGGUGAAUCGCUGAAGAUUUUCCUCCUUUCUCUGGUCUUUUUAGCUUUUAUUUCUCUGUAAAUGUUCAGGAUUUUGCCCUGAUCUGUUCCAGAUGACUUUUGUUUACAAACACACGCUUCGACACAAACCCACGAAGGCGACAAAACUCACUGUUUAUCCUUUUGUUUCCCAUAUUGCCAUCUACCUUCAUGAUGUAUUCUUUUUUUUUUCGUGAAGAAUAAUGAAAAAUAACCUCAUUGGAAAUAUUUUUUAAAAUGUGUUGCUUUAAGAGUUUUUUUUUUCUUUUCGGGACAUAUUUAACUCCAGCACUUAGAAUGAGUUAGCUGGACUAUUUGUGAAACUAAUCCCAUAUUUUUGUGUAAUAAAUCAGAUUUUAGUUAUUAAAGAAUGAAGGUAAACUACAAAAGAUUGAAAUAUUUAAAAAGUUAUUUACCUCAGCUGUUUUUGUGAAGUUCUACAGUGGAUGAGAUUAGAAAACCCUCUCAUUCUCUCCUGUAAUGCCAAAUGAUCACUCCUUAAAUACAAAUAUAAAGAGUUUUCUGCUUUAAA